AUGAUCUCGUCUGCGGCCGCCUCCGUCACGUCCUGGUUUCGAGCGUAUACGGGCCAGCGCUGACCAGGGUUGAACUUUGGGACUACCGGUUGUGAUUCCUCAGAACCUAGAAGUCAGAUCAAGACUGACACUUUGGGAAGAACAGAGGGGGUGUGUGCAGUAGAGCAAUAUGUCCACAUGAUGGCAGCCAAGCAACUCUGAAAAAGCCUUAGAGGAAGCGGAAGAGGCGGAGCAACGUGAAGCUGCGUCACUUAAACUAAGAUGGCGGACGCAGAUGUAUCAAAGAAGAAGAAGAAGGCAAAGAAAGUUAAUGAUGUUGGGGAUGUUCAGCAGAGCGGCGACUUCUUCAUCCAACCAGAAAGCAAAAUUCCUGCCUUGGACACGUCUCAGUGGCCCCUCCUCCUGAAGAACUUUGACAAACUCAACGUUCGCACGUCUCAUUACACGCCACUUCCCAGUGGCAGUAAUCCCCUCAAGAGGAGCAUCCAGGAUUACAUCAGGUCAGGCUUCAUCAACCUGGACAAGCCUGCCAACCCGUCCUCUCACGAGGUGGUGGCGUGGAUCCGCAGGAUCUUGCGUGUGGAGAAGACUGGUCACAGCGGAACACUGGACCCCAAGGUCACCGGCUGUCUGAUCGUGUGUGUGGACCGAGCCACGCGAUUGGUCAAAUCCCAGCAGAGUGCAGGGAAGGAGUACGUGGGAAUCGUUCGGCUGCACAACGCCAUUGAGAGCGAGCACACACUGGCUAGGGCGUUGGAGACCCUGACAGGCGCUCUGUUCCAGCGACCGCCGCUAAUAGCCGCCGUCAAGCGCCAGCUGAGAGUGCGAACCAUCUAUGAGAGCAAACUAGUGGAAUACGACCCAGACAGGAGGCUUGGUAUCUUCUGGGUCAGCUGCGAGGCCGGAACUUACAUCAGGACUCUGUGUGUCCACCUGGGUCUUCUCCUGGGGGUUGGUGGUCAAAUGCAGGAGCUCAGGAGAGUCCGUUCUGGAGUUCUGGGAGAGAAGGACAACUUGGUGACCAUGCAUGACGUGUUGGACGCUCAGUGGCAGUUUGACCACAACAAAGAUGAGUCGUACCUCAGGAGGGUCAUCUUUCCUCUGGAGAAGCUGCUCGUCUCUCACAAACGUUUGGUGAUGAAGGACAGCGCUGUCAACGCCAUCUGCUACGGCGCCAAGAUUAUGUUACCAGGUGUCCUUCGCUACGAGGACGGCAUUGAAGUCAACCAGGACAUUGUUGUCAUAACGACAAAGGGCGAAGCCAUCUGUACAGCCGUCGCUCUCAUGACAACUGCCGUCAUUUCAACGUGUGAUCACGGCGUGGUCGCCAAGAUCAAGAGGGUCAUCAUGGAGCGAGACACCUACCCUCGGAAAUGGGGUCUGGGUCCAAAGGCGUCUCAGAAGAAGAUGAUGAUCCAGAAAGGACUCCUUGACAAACACGGCAAACCAAACGGCAACACUCCAGAUGCCUGGAAGAGUGACUACGUGGACUACAGUGUCUCCAAAGAUGCUGAAUCGUGUGUCACACCUGCCAAGAGGAAGAUACAGGAAGUGGACAGUGAAACAGAAGCCACACCUUCUGAGCAUCCUCACAAAGAGAAGAAGAAGAAAAAAGAGAAACGGGUCAACCCGGAGGAGGUCCAGCCUGAGGAUGCUGGAGCAGAGCCUGAGAUGUUUGAAAGUGGCAAGAAGAAAAAGAAGAAGAAACAAAAAGAUGAAGUGCCUGAGUGACCCCAGUCACAAGCCCCGUCCACAACACGUAAUGUAUGGUGGGAUGAGAAGACUGCACAACAGACAUCUUUAAUUUUUUUUAUACCUUUUGUUUUUGUAAAUAUGCUUUAAAUAAAAGUGCUUGUUUUUCA